AUGCCCCAAGUCUUCAACACCCUCGAUCCUUACGCCUCGUCGCUGGUGGCUGCCUUCGUGGCCGACUUUGCCGUCCAGUUCGUGGCCUAUGUGCUGUCGGCUGCGUUGCAGACCGAGAAGCUCUUUGACCUAUCUGGCUGCGUCUCCUUCCUUGCCUCGGUUCUGGUAUCCGCCCUGUUGCGUCCGGACGGCGACAGGCUUGCACCUCGACAGAUCAUUGCCGCAGCCCUGCUUGCGGUCUGGUCGCUGCGGCUCGGCCUAUUCCUGUUCCAGCGAGUCCUGAGUCGGCCCGACAAGCGAUUCGACGAACUCAAAUCCAGUCCCGUCAAGUAUGCAGGCGUCUUUGUGAUGCAGUCGGUCUGGGUCUUUCUGUGCCCGCUUCCUGUGUGGAUCGUGCUGGCUCUGUACGGUCCAGAACAGCGUGCCAUCCAAUGGUCCGAUAUUGUUGGCAUCGCUAUCUGGGUUGCUGGUUUUGCGAUCGAAGCCAUUGCCGAUGUCCAAAAGUCGGCAUUCAAGUCGAAGCACCCAGACGCCUUCAUGAGCAGCGGGCUCUUCCGAUAUUCGCGCUACGCCAACUACUUUGGCGAAGUGACGCUAUGGUGCGGCAUGUUCGUGCUCUGCGCAUCGGGCUUCACAAGCGGUGUUCAGUGGAUCAGCAUCAUCUCGCCCGUCUUUGUCUACUGCCUGAUUGCCUUUGUGUCUGGCAUUCCGAUGCUCGAGAAGAGCUCCAGCCAAAAGUAUGGGCAGCUGCCAGAGUACCAAGACUAUGUCGCCAGGACGAGCAAAUUUUUCCUCUGGCUGCCAAAGAAGCAGGCGGCCACACCAGUGCCUUGA